AUGAGGCAAGUCAUAUGCCAGUAUGAGUGAGCGGCAUGCACUGCAGCAAAUUCUGGGACACUGCCAGUUGCUGUCGCAUCAAACUUCCCUUCGCCUGUGCUUGUUUGCAGCGCGGCUCACUUUGACUUCCGGCGACUCGGAUGUGGCUGCCCCACGACGCGCUAGCCAUGCACAUCAACAUCGCGCGUCGUGUCGUGCUGAGAUGAACGGCAGUCCCAUGCACCUUCACACUGCUACACCACAAUCAUGUCCGACUCCGAGCUGUCCACGGCAGCUGCACGGCCAUCCGAUGAUCAGAUCGAAGCAUGCUUGAAGCGAGUCACGCGCAUCGGCAUGAAGGAGGAUGCCUUCACAGUGAACAAAGCUCGGAUAGCUGCCGAGCAAGAAUUGGGACUGGAAGCAGGCUUCUUCAAGCACGAUCCGACCUGGAAGGCGCGAAGCAAAGAAAUCGUCGAGCUCGCUGUUGACGAGCCGUCCCCAGAGAAGCCGAAAAAGCCAGCACCAAAGCCGGCCCCGAAAGCUGGGAGGAAACGCAAGUCAGACGAGGCUCCCGAGCAGAAAAAGCGGCCCACGAAGAAGGCGCGCAAGCAGGAAUCUGAGGAUGACUUAGAUGAUGAAGAAUCAGAAGCUCAGGUGACACCCAGCGAUGAAGAUGAUGACUUUUCCGAAGCUACUCCAGUGAAGAAACCACAAGCCAAGAGAAAGGCUCCGAAGAAACGUGCAAAGGCUGUCAGCGAUGAUGAUUCUGAGGCAGAGGUAGAGACAAAGAAGGUACCGGUCAAACGCAAGCCAGUCAAGAAGGCUGCCGAGAAGGUCGUCGAGGACAGCGAGGCGUCGGAUGUGGAUAUCAAGCACGAUUCUCCAAAGCCUGCGGCCAAGACGGAAGACAAGAAAGAGGUGAAGGCAACAACGGAGCAGGCCGAAGACGGCAGUGAUCUUUCCGAUCCGCCAGACGAGGACAAGCCGGAUACCAACGGCAAAGCUGCGGCCCCCGAAGACGAUGAGAGCGACAUGUCGGUGCUGAUUGACGAGCCGCCCAAGCGAAAACGCCAAAAGAAGACAAGUCCAGAGCCAAAAACCAAGUCGAAGACUACCGCCAAAGCCACAAAAUCCAAGAAGGCCGCAAACGAAGGCCUGAGCCCGGGCGAAGAGGAGAUCAAACGUCUUCAAGGCUGGCUCGUGAAAUGUGGAAUUCGCAAAAUGUGGUUCAAAGAAUUGGCACCCUAUGAUACCGCCAAAGCGAAAGUCAAGCACCUCAAAGGCUUGCUGGAAGAAGCCGGCAUGACUGGGCGGUACAGUAAUGAGAAGGCCAAGGAUAUCAAAGAGAGGAGGGAGCUUGCUGCUGAGCUCGAAGCUACGCAGGAGUAUGCGAAGAAAUGGGGCCAGGACAAAGACGAUGACGAUAAUGAGGGUAGUGGCGGCGAGCAAGUCAGUGAAGAAGAGUUGAAGCCUGCAACUAGGAAGCCCAAAGGACUGGUAGAUUUUGGUGAUUCGGGCGAUGAUGGCAGUGACUGAUCGGGAAUGACGGACGAUUGCUGGGCUUACGGUACCAACGACCAUGGUUAGAAAGGUCUCGUGGAGCUAUUUGAGCUGGACUUUGCGCUUUGAGGAAGACCCUGUUCACAUCUGAGCAUCAUGGUGUAUGUGUGCUGCUCUUACUGUACAGCUCUUUACCCGAAGUGUUCCAGGCGGCCGGCAAGGGGAUCGACGAAUAUCUUCGGACGAAUCGACGUUUGUGAAUAGCCGGGCGAUGAUCACGACGAUUGUCUGCAUCCCGUCAGGCUUUUAAAAACGAAUCUUGGAAUCGAGAAAAACUUACGAGGAGAAGAUCUUUCCAAACUCUAUGUAAUGUGAAAAGCCAUGUAUGCAUCAAAUCAUCUUCCCAUUUCCCAUCUCAAGGAACACCACCAAAC